ACAACCACUACCCCAACUACAACAACCACUACCCCAACUACAACCACCACUACCCCAACAACAACCACCACUACCCCAACUACAACAACCACUACCCCAACUACAACCACCACUACCCCAACUACAACCCCCACUACCCUAACAACAACCACCACUACCCCAACUACAACCACCACUACAACAUCCACUACCCCAACAACAACAACCACUACCCCAACAACAACCACCACUACCCCAACAACAACCACCACUACCCCAACUACAACAACCACUACCCCAACUACAACCACCACUACCCCAACUACAACAACCACUACCCCAACUACAACAACCACUACCCCAACAACAACCACCACUACCCCAACAACAACAACCACUACCCCAACUACAACAACCACUACCCCAACAACAACAACCACUACCCCAACUACAACAACCACUACCCCAACAACCACUACCCCAACUACAACAACCACUACCCCAACUACAACAACCACUACCCCAACAACCACUACCCCAACGACAACAACCACUACCCCAACAACUACAACCACUACUCCAACAACAACAACCCCAACUACAACAACCACAACCCCAACUACAACAACCACUACCCCAACAACCACUAUCCCAACUACAACGACCACGACCCCAACAACAACAACCACUACCCCAACUACAACUACCACAACCCCAACUACAACUACCACUACCCCAACUACAACAACCACAACCCCAACUACAACAACCACUACUCCAACAACAACCACGACCCCAACGACAACAAUCACUACCCCAACUACAACAACCACGACCCCAACAACUACAACCACUACCCCAACUACAACAACCACUACCCCAACUACAACAACCACGACCCCAACGACAACAACCACGACCCCAACAACAACAACCACGACCCCAACGACAACAACCACUACCCCAACUACAACAACCACUACCCCAACUACAACAACCACGACCCCAACUACAACAACCACGACCCCAACUACAACAACCACGACCCCAACGACAACAACCACUACCCCAACAACUACAACCACUACCCCAACUACAACAACCACUACCCCAACAACAACGACAACAACCACUACCCCAACGACAACAACCACUACCACAACAACUACAACCACUACCCCAACAACAACAACCCCAACUACAACAACCACUACCCCAACAACCACUACCCUAACUACAACGACCACGACCCCAACAACAACAACCACUACCCCAACUACAACAACCACUACCCCAACAACCACUACCCCAACUACAACAACCACGACCCCAACUACAACAACCACGACCCCAACGACAACAACCACUACCCCAACAACUACAACCACUACCCCAACAACAACAACCCCAACAACAACAACCACUACCCCAACGACAACAACCACUACCCCAACAACUGCAACCACUACCCCAACAACCACAACCCCAACUACAACAACCACUACCCCAACUACAACAACCACGACCCCAACAACUACAACCACUACCCCAACUACAACAACCACUACCCCAACAACCACUACCCUAACUACAACAACCACUUCCCCAACUACAACAACCACUACCCCAACAACCACUACCCCAACGACAACAACCACUACCCCAACAACAACAACCACUACUCCAACAACAACAACCCCAACUACAACAACCACAACCCCAACUACAACAACCACUACCCCAACAACCACUAUCCUAACUACAAUGACCACGACCCCAACAACAACAACCACUACCCCAACUACAACUACCACAACCCCAACUACAACUACCACUACCCCAACUACAACAACCACAACCCCAACUACAACAACCACUACUCCAACAACAACCACGACCCCAACAACAACAAUCACUACACCAACUACAACAACCACGACCCCAACAACUACAACCACUACCCCAACUACAACAACCACUACCCCAACAACCACUACCCCAACU